CAUAAACGGAAUGAAUAAAAAAAAAUAUUAUUAAAAACUAAAAAGUCUGCAAAAAAAAACAUCUAUUGAUGACGUUAUGAGUCAGCGAAAUGGCCUUGUUAUCUAGGUGGUGCUGCUCUGACGGGGUCGAGAGUAGAACCACGCCGACUUUAUCCUUGUAACUACUAACAGAAGUAAUUAAAUUUGGAAUCAACGUCUCCCUGCGUUCUGUCGGAGUCCAUGUUUACACUUAAUCAUUCAUAGAACAAUGGAUAAAUUAGAAAUCGAAGGAAACAAAAAGUCUCCUUUCUCGCAAUGGGAUCCGAUACUUUUGAAAAAUUGGAAAUGGAUAUCUCUGGUUUGCAUUGUAAUUGCGGGGAUCGCAAUUCUCGUGAUUUUCGCAUUGGUCCUACAUUUUUGUGUGUUAAUUUUUACACCGAAGGAACCGAGAGGCAUUUUCCUGCCGAAAACCAUCAUUCCACACCACUACCGAUUGGAAAUUCAACCGCAUUUGGGACCCGACAAUUUUAAGUUCAAUGGAAGUGUAAAUAUCAAUUUUGCUUGCAUAGAAAGUACAGACACGAUUAUCUUUCAUUCCAAGGGCUUAUCCUUAAGUUUGGACCGUAUUAAAAUUCUAAGAGAUUCUGGAAAUGAUGUGAAGAUAUUAAGAAUGGAUUACGAUGAGGAAAUCGACUUUAUAAUUUUGACUUUAUUAGAAAAGUUGUCUUUAGCAAAUUACAGUUUGUUUAUAGAAUUCGAGGGAGUGUUACAAGAACAACUGCACGGAUUUUAUUACUAUUCCUACGACGAUAACGAAGAUAACAUCACCGAAUAUAUGGCGUUAACCCAAUUUGAAGCAAUGUACGCUCGAGAAGCUUUUCCUUGUUUUGACGAACCUGCAUUGAAAGCUACCUUUGAUAUAACGAUAAUCAGGUGGAGGAACAUGACUGCUCUUUCCAAUAUGCCUAUUCUCAGAUCGGAAAUGAGGGGAAGCGAGUGGUUAGCUGAUGUCUUCGAAAGGUCUAUGAAAAUGUCGACUUAUUUGGUAGCGUUUGUAAUAGGAAAUUUGACUAAAAAUGGAGAUGAAAACGGAAGGUUUAUUCAAUUUGUUCUUUGCAAAUUUUUCCAAACCAUAAAGUACAUAAGAGAAACACACUAUUUCCAAUUAAAAUAUAUUUAUUGUAACGUAAUCUUGUAUGCCACUACAAUUAAGCAUUUCGGGCCAACGCCACUUCUCAUAUAUAGAAGUAUAGAAUAAAGAAAUUGCAACGAAAGAUUGGAAGAAACAACCACAGGGUAAGUCAACCAAAUAUUGCAAUAAUAUUUUUAUAACAAAUGUGAUAAAAUAGUAAAAAAAUGUGAGUAUCCAUCAUUAGAAGAAAAAGAAAACUAGAUGGAUAGUUCAAGUAACGUAUAUUAAACGUAUAUUACUGAGUAAGGAAAAUAAAUUUAAAUUAUUUUGAUGGUGGACAUCGGAAUCUGCGAAAAUUCUCCAAAGAUGCUAUAUGUAGGCUGCCCACCAACCACACAGCAGUGUGGAUGCAUCUUGUUAAACUCUUCGGCGAAUAGCCACUAUCAAACUAAUUUGAAUUUAUUCGUCCUUAUUCAGAGUGUGAUUUAACUAUGAAAGAAUAAACGAAUCAAGAUAAUUCCUAUGGUUCCUGACUUAUGAGAUACUCCUUGAAGUUCCCAAUUCAAGGUGUUCCAUUGCUCUAUCCAACAAAUAUAAUAGAUAUCAAUAUGUAACCGGUUCAAACAUCGUUAUUCUCUAGGAUUUAUCGCAUCUACAGAUUCCAAAAAUAUGUUAUUUUACCUAACCUCAUUUUGGGUAAAAUAACAUAUUUUUGGAAUCUGCCUAUCUGUCUCAUAUUGAUAUUUUAAAA